AUGAGUAUACGAUUGUUGUGUGAGGUAAUAGCUAUGCUGUUAUUACAUUUAAUUUUUUAUAAGGUGUCGAUAUAUUAUUUACUUCGGCAUUUAGACAUUUUAAAUCAUUCUAAUAAAUUUAAUAAGAAUAUAUUUUUUAUAACAUGUUUAAUUUGUAUGUCUAUAUUUUCAUUAUUUAUAUUUGAGUUGUCUAGUGUAAUAUCAAAUGUAAUUAUUACAUACAUAUGGCAUAUAGAUAUAUGUAUUUUAUUAUUUUUGUUAUAUGUAAUAAUACCAAUUGAAUUUAUUAAUACGAUUUUUGAUUCGAACAAUUAUAAAGAAAUAUUAUCUCCAGAAUUUCAUACACAUUCUCAUAUAAAGUUAUUAAAAAAAUAUUAUGCUAAGAUUAGUAGUAUAUACAAGGAAUCUUAUGGUAUUAACAAGAAGAUAAAGAAGCAUUUUUUUUUUUUCAGGGGUAUAUUAUUUUUAACUUUUAUAUGGGUAAUCUUAGGAGGAUUACGAAAUAUGAUUUAUAAGAAAAAUUAUAAUUAUGUUAUAGCUGAUGAUAAUACAAUAAAUUUUAAAAAAUAUUUAUUAUAUAAAAGUAAUGAGGGUAAAAAUGCAAACAAGAUAUAUAAUAAAACCAUCUUUUUUUUUUUUCAAAAAAAAAAAACAUGCUUCAAUUAUUAUUUUAAUAAUAAUAUGAAUGAAUUGUAUUUUACAAAUAAAAAAAAAACGCAUCCAUUUAAACAAUUUUUUAAACAAAUAUAUAAUUUCUUCUAUUUUUUAUGUUAUAUAAUAAUUCAUCAUAUUAUACUCUUACACAAUUUUAUUAUUCGAGAAUUAUUAAUUAAUAUAUGUGCAUUAGGUGUAACAACAAAUUCUAUUGUCGCUGGAAUAUCCUCUGUAUAUUUUAUUUAUGAUUAUAUUAUUACUUUUAUAUACUUUCUACACAUACCAAAGAUACAAAUACAAAUAUAUAAUAUUGAAGAACGCAUACUUAUUAACUUUACGAAUUAUAUGUUUAAAAAGGAGGAGUUGGAAAAGUUGCAGAGUAAUAUUGAUAUACAUACCAAGAGAUUCUCUUAUGAUAAUAGAAGGAAUAUAAAAAAUCCCGAGCUGAAUAAGGAAUAUGAUAAGAGGGUAGUAUUAAAAAGGUUGAACGAUAAGGUUGACAAUCCUGAAAGGGAUGAUAAAAUGCAUAUGAAUGAUAAAAUGCAUAUGAAUGAUAAAAUGCAUAUGAAUGAUAAAAUGCAUAUGAAUGAAAAGAUGCAUAUAGAUGAAAAAAUACAUAUGAAUGAAAAAAUGCAUAUAGAUGAAAAAAUACAUAUGAAUGAAAAAAUACAUAUGAAUGACAAAAUACAUAUAAAUGACAAAAUACAAAUUAAUGAUAUCAAUACUAGUCAUACAAAUCAAAAUUAUUGUGAUGAUUUCAAAAUCGAUGAAGAAGAUAGAAAUAAAGAGCAUACAUAUAACAAUAAUUUUAAAGAAGAAAAUUGUAAUAAUCAUCAAAACAGUAUAUAUAAUAAAACGUUCCAUUUAAAUGACACAACAAUCGAUGGGAGACAAAAAUAUAAUGAUGAUGAUGAUGAUGAUCAAAGAGCAUAUCCACAUAGAAUAAAAGAAACAGUAAAAAAUGUUUCAGUUCUUUUAAAUAUAACAAACAAAAUUAAGAACAUAUGUACCUUAACAAAUGCAAGUUUAUUAAAAAAUUCAGACAAUGAAAAAUAUGAAAAGGUCAAAUCUAAUAUUAAUUAUGAACGAUCCGUACGUUUGAAUAGUAGUAAUAGACGUAGUAGUAAAGGGCGUGUCUAUUUUCCUUAUAUUAAUAAUUAUAAAAAUAGCAGAAGGAAAAAAGGUAAUUAUAGUGAUCAUGAAUCAACUGUAAUUAAUUACUUUUAUAAAAAAAUAAGUAAAAAUACGAUACAUAGCUUAAAAAGAUCACAUAGUUGCCCGGUUCUUAUCAAAGAAAGUCCAGCACAUAAUAAUGAAGAAAUAAAUAAUAACAUUCGAGAUAUUAGAAUGAGAAAAUAUAAUUCCUUGUAUAUUUCACCUUCUUAUGAUUUCCAUUUUUUAGAGAUGGACAAAUAUUUUAAGAGGAAAAAUUACAAAAGGAGAAAAAAAAAAUAUAAAAAGAAAAUCAAAAAUAGAAAAGCACAUGAAAAUGUUAAAAAUGAUGAAAAUGUUAAAAAUGAUGAAAAUGUUGAAAAUGUUGAAAAUGUUAAAAAUGUUGAAAAUGUUAAAAAUGUUAAAAAUGUUGAAAAUGUUAAAAAUGUUAAAAAUGUUAAAAAUGAUCAAGACAAAUGUGUGGAUUCUCCGUAUGGACAAGAAAAUAUCAUGUUAAAAAAAUCAGAAGAUACAAAAAAUCAUAUAAAACCUUCAACUAAUGAACACCUAUUUUUUAAAGUAAAUAAAAAUAGUGAAGAUCAGGAUGAUACAUAUAAUAACGAAUAUAGUUAUAGUAAUUCAGAUAACCAUUCUAAUAUUAUUCAUAGUAAUAUGGAUGAUAGUGAAGGUGAAUAUCAUGAUCUUAAUAAUGAAGAUAGUAGCGAUGACAAUACUUCUUCUUAUGAAGAAGAUGAUGAAUUUUUAAAUCAUAUGCUUCAAAAAAGUCUAAGUUUUCCUGUAAAUAAAUAUAACAAAAAAAAUAAAAUAAAUAAAAACGAAAAUGACCGAUUAGAAGAAAAUGAUAAUAUGAUACAAGUUGAAAGGUUUGAGAAAAUUUAUAAUAAUAUAAAUAAUGAUGAUGACAUAAAUUAUGAUGAUGACAUAAAUUAUGAUGAUGACAUAAAUAAUGAUGAUGAUAUAAAUAAUGAUGAUGAUAUAAAUAAUGAUGAUGGCAAAAAUGAUGAUCAUAAUAAUAUUAUAUAUACCCAAAAUAAUAUAUAUUUUAAUGAAAAGAAUAUAAAACAUUGUGAAAAAAGUAUUAAAUUUAAGGAUCAAAAUAUCAUGUAUAAGGAUAGUAAUAUAUAUGAUGAGGGUUUAAAUAAUGAUCUUAAUAAAAAUUUCUUAGGUAGUAAAAAAAAAAGCAUGGAUGAAAAGAGUUUAAAGAGGGAGAUUCAAGAACGUACAAACAACAUCAACACAAACAAUAAUAAUAAUAAUAUUAAUAGUAGUAGUAAUAAUAAUAAUAAUAAUAGUAAGAACUAUAAUAGUCCAUAUGAUAUUUCUAAUGGUGAGAAACGAAAAUGUGAAAAUAUGAAAAAUUAUAAUAAAUUAAAAAAAGAAAUCGAAAAUAUUGUAUAUACAAAUACAAGUAUGUAUUAUUCACUCAAUGCUAUACUAAGUAGAAAAUUUGAAAUUCAAGAAAAUACAAAUUGUGUUUUAGGUCGUAUAAAUGUCAUAUUAAAUUCAAUUAUGUUUUUAACAGUUGUUUAUAAAAUAAUUAUGUCUACAUUAAAUAUAAUAUUUAUUCGAAUUUAUAUAAGAGAUCCAUUUUCAAAAAUUAUUGAAAAGAUAUGUUUAUUUUUUAAUAUUAAAUAUAAUAUAGCUAUUAUUUAUGCACCAUAUAUAUCAUUAAUAUAUAUUUCUUAUAUAGUUGCCAUCAAUAUGAAGAAAUUUCUACAACAAAUAAUCCAAAUUUCAUCUUUUUUCUCAUUUUAUUUUAAACUCUUUUCUAAUAUGUGGAUACUUUUAAUAUCUGAACUUAUGGGCUUAUAUUUUGUAACCAACUCAUUACUUCUUACAUCAUACCUCCCAGUUAAUUAUAAUCACGUUAUGAACUUUGUUUUAGGAAAUAAUUAUGACUAUAAUAUUUUUCAUCUCCAUUCAGAUUAUGUUUUUAUAAUUUCUUCAGCAUUCACCUUGAUCAUAUGUAUACUCUACAUGAUAUAUUUUUAUUUCUUUUAA